AGGCAAACAGUCUAAGGAGGACACUUUUCCUUCAAACGGAAUCCGUCAAGUUUGCGAAUUCAGACAGACAACCCACCAAGUUUAUUCUCCGGAGUUGGCAAUUCGUCUCAAAUUGACCCAGAGUCGCGGAUACGCAGUUCUUUUCCUUCCUUUUUCUUCAGUCUUUCUGUCCUCCGGAAAUUGUUCUUCGUUAUUGGAUACUCAAUCGUCGCGGUUUCCUAAACGUUCUUUCAUCAAGUCAGUCGCGAUGGAUGUCCCCGAACCGGAUCAGACUCCUUUCAAUGCCGUUCAGGCUCAGACUUCUAAGCUUGCCAGGCAAUACCAAGCAUACCUAGAUCAGUUGACACCAUACACCACAUAUCGAUGGGUCGGCAGCGUGGUUCUUCUAUUGUUUUUCUUCCUACGAAUUGUCCUUGCGCAAGGAUGGUAUAUCGUCGCAUACACCCUCGGCAUCUACCUCCUCAACCUCUUUCUAGCCUUUCUCUCCCCCAAAUUCGACCCUUCCCUAACCCAAGACGAAGGUCUCGAAGACGGCGAAGCCGGUAGCUCAAGUCUACCCAUCAAACAAGACGACGAAUUCCGUCCGUUUAUCCGUCGUUUGCCCGAAUUCAAGUUCUGGCAUUCGGCUACACGCGCAAUUGCGAUUGCGUUUGUGUGCUCGUGGAUGAAGGUGUUUGAUAUUCCGGUGUUUUGGCCGGUGUUGGUUAUGUAUUGGUUGAUUUUGUUUUUCUUGACUAUGCGACGACAAAUUCAACACAUGAUCAAAUAUCGAUACAUUCCAUUCAAUAUCGGCAAGGCCCGAUAUGGACGUGAUUAAGUCUUUGGACAUGAACCAACGAGCUCGACUGAAAGAGAAUUUUCCAUUCACAUGAUAAGGAACGGAACGGGAAUGAGAUGACCAUUCUGCAAUGAACAUGAAAUCACUUAAUAAACCACCUUCUACUCAUACAUCACUCGGAAUCUAUCUGUCUAGAACAGAUUUGAUAUGGCCUGAUAUGCUACGGAACCCAACCACUGUCUUCCUUUCAAGGAGAAAAGAAGAGAUGAGCUUCAUCAAAAGGAGAGAACCUUUAUGUAUUAUUUUUUCUUCUUUCAACUUGAACCUUCGGUUAUCGUUGUUAUUAGUAACUUGAACAUUUAUACAAUUUUAAACAUCGCAUUGCUAG